AGCUCAAGAGAGUCACUCGGGAGGCUGGAUUAGCCACAAGUUGUGGUGAACCAGGGUAAAAAUUCGGUGUGCCUUUUACUCUUCUCUUUACUUCUCUUUUAAUUUUUUAAUUCCUGUGAUUUCUCCGAUCAAACGCUAUUCACCCCCCCUCUAGCGUUGGUCACUUAUUCUAACAAUUGGUAUCAAAGCCUAACUCGCGUCCAAACUUAACCGUUUGAGAGUAAAGCAAUCAUGGGUUCUUCUUCUAGAAAUCUUUAUGCAAGAAUUGGAGAAGGUCAAUCAACCUCGAGGCCACCGCUCUUUGAUGGCACUAACUACACAUACUGGAAAGAGCGGAUGAGAAUUUAUAUCCGCUCAACCAACUUUCAGUUGUGGUUGGUCAUCAAGAAUGGCGAGGAAACUCCAAUGAAGAAGGUCGAUGAAAAACUCGUCCCAAAGACCGAGGACGAAUUUGAUGUCGAAGACAUCAAAAAGGUGGAGAACUACGCCAAGGCUAUCAAUAUGUUGUACUGUGCCGUCAAUCCUGAUGAUUAUCGUAAGAUUUCUUGCUGCACCACUGCCAAAGAAAUGUGGGACAAGCUAGAGGUCACAUAUGAAGGUACGGACCAAGUGCGGGAAGCCAAAAUUGACUACCUAACGCAGGAGUACGAGAUGUUCAGGAUGAAGGAAGGAGAAAAGAUCGAUGACAUGUUCGAUCAGUUUUCAAAAAUCAUCAACGACCUUCACGCUCUCAAGAAGACGUACACCAACAGGGAUCUCGUGAGGAAAAUCCUGCGAAGCCUCACACCCGAAUGGAGAUCAAAGGCAGACGCAAUCUAUGAAUCCAUCGGAGUCUCAAAUGUCACCAUCGACGGGCUAAGAGACGCAAUCUAUGAAUCCAUCGGAGUCUCAAAUGUCACCAUCGACGGGCUAAGAGGUAAUCUCAAAACUUAUGAAUCUACUAUCCUAACCCCGUCUUUGGAUGAACAAAAGAAGAAAGGUAUAGCGCUGAAAGCAACCAAGGAGUCCGUGGAAGAUGGUUCAAGCGAUGAUGACAACGAGUUCGGACUCGUCAUCAAGAAGUUCCACAAAUUCAUGAAGAAAGAAUUUGAAAGAAAAGGAAGAAAGCACGACGGGCCCCCGAAGUGCUAUGGAUGUGGUGAGAUAGGCCACAUCAAGCUGAGGUGUCCAAAAAGCAAAGGCGGCAAGGACAAACCUGGCUUCAAAAAGCAACGCGCCUACAUCUCUUGGGGAGGCGACUCCGGGGAUGAGUCAACGGAUCAGGAAGAGGAGGAAGCCGCCAACCUCUGCCUCAUGGCGCACGAAGAUCAAACUGACAACAUUCAAGAGAGGAAGACACUUGGCUAUGGCACCGAAGGGUAGCUCAUAUGAACAUGAACCUUUUGAACAAAUUGGUUUCACAAGACUUAGUAAUUGGCAUCCCAAAACUUAAGUUUGAAAAAGACACCAUAUGUGAUGCAUGUCAAAAGGGGAAGCAAGUUCGGGCUUCGUUUAAGUCUAAAAACGUUGUUUCAACGUCUAGACCGCUUCAACUUUUGCACAUGGAUCUCUUUGGUCCUUCUAGAACGAAAAGUUUUGGUGGCAAUUACUUUGCGUUUGUGAUUGUCGAUGACUACUCUAGGUUUACAUGGACCUUGUUUCUAACUCAUAAAAGUGAGGCAUUUCAUGUUUUCAAAAAUUUCUUAAAGAAAGUUCAAAAUGAAAAAGA